GGCGGGUGCGGGCGACCCGGAAGGGCUGGCGCCCGGGGUGCCCGUCUGGCUUGGAGGACGGCAGUGCCCACUGCCGUGCACCGGCUCCCUGCCCGGACGGUGGCCGCCAGGAUGGGCCGAAGGGUGACCGUGGCCACCUGCGCGCUCAACCAGUGGGCCCUGGACUUCGAGGGCAAUUUGCAAAGGAUCUUAAAGAGUAUUGAAAUUGCCAAAAACAGAGGAGCAAGAUAUAGGCUUGGCCCAGAGCUGGAAAUAUGCGGCUACGGAUGCUGGGAUCACUACUACGAGUCGGACACCCUCUUGCACUCCUUUCAAGUCCUGGCGGCCCUGCUGGACUCUCCGGUCACUCAGGACAUCGUCUGUGACGUGGGGAUGCCUGUGUUGCAUCGAAAUGUCCGCUACAACUGCAGAGUGAUCUUUCUCAAUAGGAAGAUUCUGCUUAUCAGACCCAAGAUGGCCUUGGCCAACGAAGGCAACUACCGCGAGCUGCGCUGGUUCACCCCGUGGUCUAGAAGUCGGCAGGUGGAGGAGUAUUUUCUCCCUCAGAUGAUUCGGGACCUGACAAAGCAGGAAACCGUGCCCUUCGGCGACGCGGUGCUGGCGACACACGACACGUGCAUCGGGAGUGAGAUCUGCGAGGAGCUCUGGACGCCCCACAGCCCGCACGUGGACAUGGGCCUGGACGGCGUGGAGAUCGUCACCAAUGCCUCAGGCAGCCACCACGUGCUGCGCAAAGCCCACGCCCGGGUGGAUCUGGUGACGAUGGCCACCACCAAGAACGGUGGGAUCUACUUGCUGGCCAACCAGAAGGGCUGCGACGGGGAUCGCCUCUACUACGACGGCUGUGCCAUGAUCGCCAUGAACGGCAGCGUCUACGCCCAGGGGUCGCAGUUUUCCCUGGACGACGUGGUAAGGAGCGCGGGUGGCCGUGGGAGCCGUGUGUCCCCCUCGCCCUGGCUGCCCUCUUCACCUCCCCAUGAGCGAGUGUUUCAAGAAACCCUGGCAGGGGGUCUUGCCUGCUGUGUGGGGUCCCCUGGGAGCCAGGGGCGGGGACAGUCCUCGCCCUAG